UGUGGCAGGAACCUGGAAAAAGCCACGUCCCAGGCCUCUGAGGCGACUCUUUCGCGCCGGCCGCACGUCUCAAGCUGUGGGAUUGGGCCUUGGUCGCGGGGACGUCUCGGGUGACGACGGUUGGGCUGAGUUCCCAAGAGAUGGAUGAAACUGUUGCUGAGUUUUUCAGGAGGACCAUCUUGAAAAUCCCAAUAACUGAAAUGAUGACAGUCCUAAAAGCCUGGGAUUUUUUGUCUGAAAAUCAUCUGCAGACUGUAAACUUCCGGCAGAGGAAGGAAUCUCUUGUUCAGGACUUGGUUCUGCUUUGUGAGGAAAAGCGUGCAAGUCUCAAUGACGCAGCCCUUUUAGACAUCAUUUAUACUCAAUUUCAUCGGCACCAGAAAGUGUGGGAUGUCUUUCAGAUGAGCAGAAGACCAGGUGAAGACAUUGACCUUUUUGAUAUGGAGCAAUUCAAAAGUUCAUUCAAGAAAAUUCUUCAGAGAGCAUUAAAAAAUGUGACAGUCAGCUUCAGAGACACCGAGGAGAAUGCAGUAUGGAUUCGAAUUGCCUGGGGAACACAGUAUAGAAAGCCAAACCAGUACAAACCUGUUUACGUGGUGUAUUAUUCCCAAACUCCAUAUGCCUUCGUUGCUUCCUCUCUGCUGAAGAGCAACCUACCCCUUCUGGGUCAGGCACUGACAGUUGCUAGCAAACACCAUCAGAUUGUGAAAAUGGACCUCAGAAGCCGAUAUCUGGACUCUCUUAAGGCUAUUGUUUUCAAACAGUAUAAUCAGAACUUUGAAACUCACAACUCUACCACACCUCUACAAGAAAGAAGCCUUGGGCUAGAUAUAAAUAUAGUGGAUUCAAGGAUCAUUCAUGAAAACAGAGUAGAAAAAGAAAGAAUCCAGAGAGUGACUCAAGAAAUUUUUGGAGACUAUCCUCAACCAAGACUAGAAUUUGCACAAUAUAAGCUUGAAACAAAAUUCAAAAGUGACUUAAACAGGGGUAUCUUGGCUGAGAGAGAAGAACCGCUCCGUUGCCUGGUAAAGUUCUCUAGCCCGCAUCUUCUUGAAGCACUGAAAUCCUUAGCACCAGCCGGUAUUGCAGAUGCACCACUUUCUCCAUUGCUCACUUGCAUACCCAAUAAGGGAAUGAAUUAUUUUAAAAUCAGAGAUAAAUAAGAUGUAUGUGACUUUGCAAACACAGCAUCCUUGACUGUAUUGCAUACGCAUUUUAGUUAGCAGCUAGCUGGAUAGCUUCUGUCCAUAAACUUUGUUUUAGAAAUUAAUCCCUGAUAUUGACAAUUUAGAAAUGUUCAAUAUAAUUCUUGGGAUUGAGUCAUUCCUCCUCCUGCAAAGCAUAGCAGUUGUGGACCUUUAAGAUGUGGCAGAAUGUCUUUUUUCUCACUCCUGUCUCUCCUCGAUCUUGAAGAGGUCUAGUUCCAAUUGCUGGCUUCCAGGGAUUUUGUCUUAAGCCUUGGAUCAUGGAACAAAGCACCAGAAAACUAAAUCCAACUCAGAACUUUCUAGGAGAAUCGUAAAAUUAGUCCAUUCAAAGAAUAAAGUUGGGUGCAUUAAGUUAUUAUUGCAGGAGGCAGCAUAUCACAUCAUUCAGCUAUAUAAAAUAAUUACUUCAUUAUAAAAAUGAUACUUCUCAAUCUUUUUUAUCAUACAUAUGGCAUCCAAACUGACCAAUAUUAUACUGAUUUGUGAAUAAAGAUAUUUAAAAACUGGUA